UAAGGGCUCGCGCUCCCGGCUGGUCCUCGCGGCCCCGCGGCCCACGGUCACUGUCGCAGCAGCGGGAGAGCAGUCCCGGGAUGCAGCCGCUCCCGCCGCCGGUGCCCGGGCCCAUGGCCCUUCUGGACACGACAGGUGAGCGCGCAGGGUUUGUGAGAAGAAAGAAGACGACCCUGUGGUUUGUGGGGGCUCUGCUGGUGGUGUCCGCCUCCAUCCUGACCGUCGGCCUGGCCGCGACCACAAGGACUGAGAACGUGACUGUGGGCGGCUACUACCCCGGCAUCAUUCUGGGCUUCGGAGCUUUCUUAGGAAUUAUUGGCAUCAACCUGGUGGAGAACAGAAAACAAAUGCUGGUGGCGGCCAUCGUGUUCAUCAGCUUUGGCGUGGUGGCGGCCUUCUGCUGCGCCGUCGUGGACGGCGUCUUCGCCGCUCGGCACAUCGAGCCCAGGCCCCUCAUGGCGGGCAGGUGCCAGUUCUACUCCAGCGGAGCUGGCUACCUACAUGACGUCUACCAGACAGAGGUCACCUGUCCUUCCCCAAACGGCGGGUGUCCGCUGAAGGUGAAGAGCAACACCUGCUACUGCUGCGAUCUCUACGACUGCCAGGGCGCCCGGAGCCCCCCAGCCUACCACGAGUUCGUGGGCGUCGGUGCCUGCCGCGACGCGCUCCAGCUCUACUGGCUGCUCUGGGCCUCGGCUGUGCUCAACGUCCUGGGGCUGCUGCUGGGGGUCAUCACCGCCGCCGUCCUGGGGGCCUUCAAGGACGCGGUCCCGCUGGCCCAUCUGGCCUACGGCCCGUCCAUAGCGCCUCGGGUCCUCUGUGACCCCGCCCAGCAGAUCCUGGCCUACUCGGGUUUCCGCGCCGGGCCCCUGGCCAUCCCCACCUGCUCGUCCUACCCGCUGCCCCUGCAGCUGCCCGGUGGCUUCGCGGCCUCACCCAGCUCCGACCUCCCUCUUCCCGAGGACUCGCAGCCUCAGCCCAGCUCCAGCUGCCGACACCCACCCAGCGCCCCCACCCACCUCCUUCCCAGGGAGAAGCCCCCUCCCUACACGCCGUGAUGUAGAGGGCAGAGAUGGAAAGCAGUAGUUUGGUCUGUUUAAGAACAAAGCAGCCCCCUCCCCACUGUGGCUGCCUGCUGGAGACCCUCCUGCAGACCCUCCCUGGAGACCCUCCUGGAGAUCCUCCCUGCAGACCCUCCUGGAGACCCUCCUGCAGACCCUCCCUGGAGACCCUCCUGCAGACCCUCCCUGGAGACCCUCCUGCAGACCCUCCUGGAGACCCUCCUGCAAACCCUUCUGCAGACCCUCCCUGGCACAUCUGUGCAGGAGAGGCCAGGACCGAGCAGGGGACCCCAGUGGUGAGGCUGCUCCACCCCUCGUGAGACCACACCCCCAGCGGAGCUAAAAUUCCCCCUGAAGCGGCAGGGCUCUGGCCUCACUGCUUCCAGGGCAGUUUUUUUUCUCUUCUGUCCUCCUCAUCCGUCAUCAUGCACGUUACCAAAGGCAGCGAGGCUGUGCGCUGUGAGGGCCGCCUCCCUGGAGAUGUGCUGUUCAUGUGUGUGUGUCCCAGGGAGGGCAGGGUGGCCGCCCUCAGCACGGCCCUCCUGGUGCGCGUCUGCCCAGGGCAAGUCCUCCGGGCUUGAGUGUAAGCUCCGCGUCCACAGCUUGUGCUGGCCAGGGGUCCGCUUGGGCUCUGCUCCAGUGGUGUCUGGGGGUUGGGCGAGCUCCUGGGGCUGUGUCUGUCCCGACUGUCAGCCCCCGGGGUGUCCAGCAGAGCCGGGUCUGCUCUUCGGCGGGGGGACCCCACAUGGGCCCCUAGCCUGCAGAGCAGGUGCCCCUAAGAUGCCGGCUCUCUGCUGAGAAACCCCUGCAGGGGCCGCCUGGGAGCAGCUCUGCCCGGACCAGACAAGCCCGAGGAAGGUGAGCGCAGGCCUGGAGUUGCUCACAGACCUGA